UGAGCCUCCAUCCCUCGCAUCCUUCGCCUCCGCCGCCUCCUUGACUCGUUUGCUUCUCCUUUUCAUCGGUUGCUGCAUCGAUCGGAGGAUGGCGUUGGUGGUGGAGAAGACGUCGACGGGGCGCGAGUAUAAGGUGAAGGAUCUGUCCCAGGCGGACUUCGGCCGCCUCGAGAUCGAGCUGGCGGAGGUGGAGAUGCCGGGGCUCAUGUCCUGCCGCGCCGAGUUCGGCCCCUCCCAGCCCUUCGCCGGCGCCCGCAUCACCGGAUCCCUCCACAUGACCAUCCAGACCGCCGUCCUCAUAGAGACCCUCACCGCCCUCGGCGCCGAGGUCCGCUGGUGCUCCUGCAACAUCUUCUCCACCCAGGACCACGCCGCCGCCGCCAUCGCCCGCGACUCCGCCGCCGUCUUCGCCUGGAAAGGCGAGACCCUCGCCGAGUACUGGUGGUGCACCGAGCGCUGCCUCGACUGGGGCCCCACAGGCGGUCCCGACCUCAUCGUCGACGACGGCGGUGACGCCACUCUCCUCAUCCACGAGGGCGUCAAGGCCGAGGAGGAGUUCGAGAAGACGGGCAAGCUACCCGAUCCGGCAUCCACGGACAACGCCGAGUUCCAGAUCGUGCUCGGGAUCAUCCGCGACGGGCUCAAGGUCGACCCCAAGAAGUACCGCCGGAUGAAGGAUCGGCUUGUCGGUGUGUCAGAGGAGACCACCACCGGCGUCAAGCGACUCUACCAAAUGCAGGCGAGUGGCGCCCUGCUGUUCCCCGCCAUCAACGUCAACGACUCCGUCACCAAGAGCAAGUUUGACAAUCUGUAUGGGUGCCGCCACUCUCUCCCUGAUGGGCUGAUGCGUGCUACUGAUGUCAUGAUUGCUGGCAAGGUCGCCGUGGUGUGUGGCUAUGGUGAUGUGGGCAAGGGCUGUGCUGCUGCCCUGAAGCAAGCUGGUGCUCGGGUCAUCGUAACCGAGAUUGACCCCAUCUGUGCUCUUCAGGCACUGAUGGAAGGCCUCCCUGUCCUCACUCUGGAGGAUGUUGUUUCUGAGGCUGAUAUAUUUGUGACGACCACCGGGAACAAGGACAUUAUCAUGGUUGAUCACAUGAAGAAGAUGAAGAACAACGCCAUUGUCUGCAACAUUGGCCACUUCGACAAUGAGAUUGAUAUGCAGGGGCUGGAGACCUACCCGGGCAUCAAGCGCAUCACCAUCAAGCCCCAGACUGAUCGCUGGGUUUUCCCAGAGACUAGUACUGGCAUCAUAGUUCUCGCCGAGGGGCGUCUUAUGAACCUUGGUUGUGCCACUGGACAUCCCAGCUUUGUCAUGUCCUGCUCCUUCACCAACCAGGUGAUAGCACAGCUGGAGUUGUGGAAGGAGAGGAAAACCGGGAAGUACGAGAAGAAAGUCUACGUUCUACCCAAGCAUUUGGAUGAGAAAGUCGCAGCCCUUCACCUCGGCAAGCUGGGAGCCAAGCUCACCAAGCUCACUCCGUCGCAAGCCGAGUACAUUAGCGUCCCGGUCGAGGGCCCCUACAAGCCUGUUCACUACAGGUAUUAGGAUGGCGCUUAUCCAAGAGAUUAUGGCAAAGCAGUGGCAGUAUCAAUGGUCGUGUUUAUUUUGCUUGGUUAUCUUCCUUCUUCCUCGUAUUGCUGGUUUCCCCGAGGAUGUGUUUGAUCCGAAUGUUGUUGAAGGCAUGCUUAGGAAUAAUUAGGGUAGGAAGAUGUAAUGGCCAAAUGAGUUAUCAUCUUUGGCUCUUUUCCAUUAUUAAUUGCAUGGAUACGUUUAUCUCCCAUGUUUCGGUCGUAGACUUGUUGAGAUCUUUAGUUGUUAUGGAAUCCAACCCUUUUGUCGAUUGCAAAAUGUAUUCUGCCACAAUAAAAGACUCCAAUGAGAAUAAGAAAUAUGAUUGGUUUUA